AAGCGCGAGAUAGAAACUUGAGCGCGGAGGAGCAGCUGUGAUACUGUUGAGCUCCGCUGCUGUUUUUAUAUUAUAAAGUGUCUUGUAUUUGAUCGACAUUCUUAAUAACAUCACAGAUGUUUUUGUCGUAGUGUGUCUGGAGCACCACAUCCUUUUAAAGAUCUGUUUUAUUAGCGCAAUUGAUAAACACACGGGGAAAUGUCGUGGUGGGCGCGCGGCGAGGAUGAAGAGGAGGCCAUGUGUCAAGACACAGAUUCAGAUGUGGCUGACCAAAAGGAUUGUGGGAAAGUGAAAAUCAAGUGGACACAAGAGGAGGACGAUAAGCUGCGAAAACUGGUUCUGAGGGUCGAACCAAAUGAUUGGAAAUACAUUGCAAGCUUUUUACCUAAUCGUUCAGAGCAUCAGUGUCAGCAUCGCUGGUUCAAAGUAUUGGAUCCAGAUCUUGUCAAAGGACCUUGGACUAGAGAAGAGGACGAGAAGGUGAUUGAACUGGUGAAAAAGUAUGGCAACAAGCAGUGGGCGAUGGUGGCCAAGCACCUGAAGGGUCGUCUUGGAAAGCAAUGCAGAGAACGCUGGCACAACCACCUCAAUCCAGACGUGAAGAAGUCCUCCUGGACUCCAGAAGAAGAUCUCAUCAUCUUCAAGGCCCACUGUGUGCUGGGCAACCGCUGGGCGGAGAUUGCCAAACUACUUCCUGGAAGAACGGACAACGCUGUUAAAAACCACUGGAACUCUACCAUUAAGCGUAAAGUUGAAACAGGUUAUUAUACUGGGGUGGACCCAACACUUCAUAUGAUCCAUCAAACGGAGAAUGAAGAGAUGGUAUCUGAAGAGACCAGUCAAGAACAGGUGGAGCUCUCUUAUGAUGGAUCCACUGAGGGAAUUCCAAUCCAGAUAAUAAAGAGGGAUCCUGAUGUACAUGAGAAAGCAAGCACCGCUCCUACCAAAACUGCAUCUCCCAAGACACCCAAAGCUCAAAAAAACCCUGGAAGUGAAGCUGAUACGUCUGGAGACCCUAACGUGUCCACCUGGGUCAUGGACAGCUCGGGUUUCCUCUCACCCUCGGCCGCCCCUACACUAAAGGAGGUGAUGGAACUUAUGGAUGGGGAUCUUGAAGGCUGGUGUACGAUGUCAGACUUUGACCUGCCGGAGGAGAGUCAGAGUUCCGAGCUUCUGCAGUUUCGUCUGGAGGGAAGCACCCUGCAGGAGCUCAGCAAGGGCAGUAAAGGGGAGCUCAUCCCCAUCUCACCGGGCGGAGCCACACCUCCGUCGAUCUUGAGUCGACGCAGUCGUCGGCGAAUCGCUCUUUCCCCGGACCCCAACGACUCAAUGACCCCAAAAAGCACACCAGUGAAGAUCCUGCCCUUCUCUCCUUCACAGUUCCUUAAUAUGUGGACCAAGCAGGACACUCUAGACCUGGAGAAUCCUUCACUUACAUCCACUCCUGUGUGCAGUCAGAAAGCCAUGGUCACGACCCCUCUUCACCGUGAUAAAACCCCACUCACUCAGAAGGAAAACUCUCUGUUUAUCACGCCAAAUCACAAGUCUUACCUGGACACAACACCACGCACGCCCACGCCCUUUAAAAACGCAAUGGAGAAAUACGGCCCCUUACGGCCACUGCCUCAGACCCCAAAUUUGGAGGAGGACCUUAAAGAAGUGUUGCGCAGUGAGGCGGGGAUCGAGCUGAUAGUAGAGGAUGGGACUCCUACUGGAAAAAAACGUAAACAAAUGCAUCGGCCUCCUAUGAAGAAAGUGCGUAAAUCUUUGGCUCUAGAUGUCAUUGACUGCAGCGAAAGCAUUAUUGCUCGUAAACACCAAUGUAGACCCUCGGUACAAGAGAUUCAAAAGGCUCGAGUAGCACGGUCACUUCCUCUCGUAAAGAAAGAGGAGAACCUUCUGGAUCAAGGAUUUAUUCUUGGACCCAAUGAGAGCGGGCCGACCAACACAUGCGUGUCUGCAGAAUUAAAAUCAGUUUCUCCUUUGCCUAUGUCUCCAGCCUGGGAAACUGUUGUAUGUGGCCGGACAAAAGACCAGUUAAUCAUGACGGAGAAAGCCAGACGUUACCUUCGCUCUUUAAAGUGUCACGCCCCAAGCCGAGCCCUCAUUCUUUCCUGAUCCGACGCUGACAUCUAAGCAUGAAGCUUCCUUAAACAUCAUUCCAAAAAAUAAUGUGGAAACUUUGAGUUUACUUAAAUGUAAAUGUCACAUAGUAUUCGUUGAAGAAACGAUUGUUCCGGGCUUGCAUUGAUAAGACACUUUAACGCUGAAAAUGCUCUUAUUUGAUUUUCUAUGGCAUAUUCCCACGUACAGAAAUCAAUCCUUCCUUGAACCCUGUGUGUGAUCAGUGUCUCGAAAGUAUGUAUUGAUAACAUGAAUGACAGCAAUCAUACACACAGAUAUUUUAAUGCCACUGUUCAGUGGCAUGUGUGUCCAGAUGAGAGUAAUCAAGUUGAGCGUUGUUUGUCUUAAAAUUUCCUGUAAGAAUAAGGCAUUUUUCAGCUCAUGUGGUGAACUUGCUGUAUAUACAGUGUGUGUAUAUUAAAUGUGGUAGACAUUUUCCUGCUUGUCUUGAAUUCAGAAGUGUCGUUUAGUAAAUAUUACUUUGCAUCUUUCCAAAAACAAGUUUUAGAAUCAGAAGUCAUGUGAAACUGGUGCUUUAUUACAUUGUGCACAUAAACAUGUUGAUGUUUUUCUUAAUGGUGUUAAUGACAAAAGUAUUCAUACGCAAUAAAAGAUCAGUAAAACGGCUGCCAACUGUCAAAUCAACCGUUUCAGGUGUCGUCCUUGUCUAAAAGAUAGUUUUAUCUAGGUUAUUUUAAUGAACCAACUUCUGUGAAUAGUUUGCACAUUCAAAUAGCAGAUAUAGAUGAAAACCUUAGUACAGCCUCAUAAAUCACAAAGAGUGACUCUAGGAAAUAACUACUUGCUCACAGUAAAACUGUUCUGGGUUGGGUUGCACCAGCCAUUCUUAAGUUCUUUCAUAAAUGAGAACGUAAAGUUUACACUAGAGGCUUUGUAACUAACUCUGUUAUUCGGUUGCACCAUUUGGUCUUCAGGCAGAAGGUAGCUAGUAGUUCAUAAGUGCUCCGUAAAUUAAUGUGUAGUUGCAUAUGACAUUUACGUUUAAUAUUCCAAUAGCAGCCUUUAAAUUCCUGAGAAAAAGUCAAAAGUUGUGUUGAAGUGUUGUGUAUUUCAAAACGUUCUUUAUGUAAACUUGUUUUACCUCACAUAAUUACGGUAGAAUAAGUUUUUUAUUAAAUACAAUAUAUAAAUGCUACCUAAUCAUGAAUAACAUAAUAGGUAUUUUAAUAAAUAUUUUAGGUUGAACAAAGUGAAAAAAUAAAUGCAGAUUAAAAAUAUUUUUUUUUACUCAACAUUCUUCAAAACUUAAUCACAUAAGUGACAAUACUGACAUUUACAGUCACUUACCUUUUUAAAUAGAGAACAUUAUGUGAUAACAUUUAUGAUUUUUGACGAUUCUAACAAGAACCGUCUUAGCGGUUGUGUGUAGUGUGUGUGUAUUUACCUGUGUUGUGCACAAACAAAAUCAUUUUUAUAUUUUAUUUGCGGUUGGCAGUAAAAUAAAAUCACUCAUAUUGCACGUCAUUUAUUAUUGCGUGAUUUAGGCUGUACUGUUUUUAAUCAGCAUUUGUUUAUGAAUCUAACUUGAAAUAUUCAUGAUAGGUAGUAUUCUAUGUAAUCAUUUUUCUAACGUUAUUAUGUGAGGUAAAAUACAUCUAAAUCAGGAAUGUUUUGAAAUUCACAACAUUUCAAUACAGCUUUUCUCACGAAUUUAAAGGCUUGGAGUGGACUAUUAAAGGUAAACGUCAUAUUAUGGGACUACACAGAACUUUAUUGAGCGCUUACGAACUACUAGCUACGUUCUGCCUUAAGACCAAAUGGUGCAACCGAAUAACAUACAGAGUUAGUUACAAACUAGCUAGUAGUUACUCAGCCACUAGUGCAGUGGUCUCCAAAGUGGUGCCCGCGGGUAGAACUCUGUAUGGUGCCCGCCAAACACAGGGAUCAACAAUAAUGCUCAGGAUAGUUGAUAAAUCUGUGCUUAUAGGGAUCGGCCAAGUACUAAAUCAUCAUGAAAUGUUAUUAGCACGUGUUGUGAGUUUAUAUAUUCAAGUGCAAAAUUAUGUGAAAGAAAAAAUAAUUUGGUCCUGUGAGCCUAAAAAUAAUGCAUCACAUGCAUCAAAGUAUUUUAUAAGCUAGUAGCCCCCUAGAUGAUUUUAUAUCUUCAGGUAGCCAUCUCUUAAAAAAAGGUUGGAGACCCCUGCUCUAGUUUGAACUUUAUAAGAAUAACUUAUGAAUGUCUGGUUCGACCCUACCCAGGUGUAUU